GGUUUGGCGGCCACCUCCUGGGCCCGCGCUCACCCAGACACUUCAUCCUCCCUACCAUGGUGCAGGAACUCUGAGAUCUUGAAGCCAUUUCCUCCAGUAUUUCCUGGGCUUUUAUUACCGUGCUAUGGAUAUAUGAUGGAGUGACUCAAGGUGAAGCUGCAGAAGUGACCAUUGCUUGGGUAUCCCUGCCAGAAGCAUCAGGAGACGGAGGCCCUGUAAGCAGUAGAUCUUCACGCCAGCACACCACCACAAAGCCCCAUGUCUCAGGUCCAGCGAAGGUUGAAAAAUGGUUCCCUUACCUCAAGAACAAAGCCAGCAAUUCUAAGAAGCAGAAAAAGAAAGCAGUCAGAGAAUGAAGAUGAUCGUCAAGUGAAACAUCCUCGGGUGGAUCCAUCAGACAUGCCAGAGCCCCUGGGAGAUGUCACCUCCAGUCUCAAUGUUGACAAGGAGCGAUCAUCAACCUCUGAGGGGGCUGUCCCUGAAAACUGGUUAAAGUUCCGAGUGUUGACAUGCAUACCAAUGCCUCAGUUAACUCGAAAACUGCCUCUACCAAAGUUGGGAUGGGCUGACCAGGGGCAGGUGUGGGCACUCAUGUGCAGAAAAGACAAGAUGUACCCACGCUGCCCCAAUUACCUCUCCAAACACCCCUCCCUCCAGGCACGCAUGAGAGCCAUCCUCUUAGACUGGCUAACUGAGGUCUGUGAAGUAUUUAAUUUCCACCGGGAGUCCUAUUACUUGGCUACUGAUUACAUUGACCGCUACUUGGCCUGCACGGAGGAUGUACCGAAGCAACAACUCCAACUUAUAGGUAUAACAUGUUUAUUCAUCUCUGCAAAGAUAGAAGAGAUUUACCCAAGAAAUUUAUCCGAGUUUGCCUAUGUAACUGAUGGAGCUUGCUUGGAAAAUGAAAUCUUGGAGAAGGAACUAGUCAUAUUAAAGAAACUGAACUGGGACUUGUCACCCAUCACAUCCAACAACUGGCUCAGCACCUACAUCCAGCUGGCACAUGACCUGGCUCAGCCAGAUGCCAUGGAGGGGAAGGAGGACGAUGACCACGGUUUUGUCUUCCCUCGGUACUCUCCACUAACCUUCGUGCAGGUGGCAAGAUUACUGGACCUUUGUACCCUAGAAAUUUCCAGCCUCUCCUUCACCUCCAGUAUGAUAGCAGCCACGGCCAUGUGUCACAUCAUGACACCUCAGUUGGCCACCAGUGUAUCCGGCUACUCUUUAGAGGACCUAAAGGAGUGCUAUGACUGGAUGGCAGCCUUUGCUAUCACCGUCCAUGAGAUGGGACCAGUACAGCUGAAGACAUUCAAUAAAGUGGCACAAGAUGACAUGCACAACAUACAGACACAUUCUGUGGAUUUGGAAACGCUGGAGCGGGCACAAGUCAGACUGACUCAGAUACGGUCAUCAUCGUCUCGGAAGAGCCCUGAGGUGUCGGAGGUUCCUGUAGCAAUGCUAACGCCCCCAAAGACAGAUGAGAAGGCAAGGAUGGUCGUUGAGUAUUCUGGCUAAUAGUUUGGGGCUGGGGAAGUAGUAGAUUAGGCAUUGUUUUGCAUCACAUCUUGGUCACCCAAGACAAGGCCUCUUGAUUACUUCCUGAGAUGAGUUAGUCCUCUUAGUGAGUCAUGGUGACAAAGGUUAAAUGAUUUGCUGUUCCAGUGGCCAUUAUUUUACAUAUCAGGCAUGUCUGGCCAUGCUUAUUCAUACAUAUCAGAGGCAUUUUAAGCUGCUAAUAGAGGCAAUAUAACAUGAAAAUGUAAAAAAACUUUGUAUAUUCGCUUUAUUGUUAAUUUGCAUGCCGUGCAGCGAUAGUUGAGUAAGUUUGUAUGCUGGUGAACAGCUACAAACCCUGAGUGCACGCCAUUAUGCCUCCCUCUGGGUAAUAGUGUACCCGAGGGGGGAGUGGUCCUGACUUUUAUGUCCGUUUUACUACAUACUGUUUACUGAUAAUUUGGUAAUUUAUUAAUUGUCAGACUUUCUUGUCGAAGCUGAUGGUUUUAGUUACAUUUAACUUAUAUUGUACAUAACUACAUAUCUGUAUGUAGAAAAGUUACAUCCAAUAACAUUAGUUGAAGUACGAAGGUAAGGGAUGUUAUGAUUGCGCAAUGCGCCCAUCAUAGGCUGUGUAAAUAUCAUAGAAGUUGCCUUAAAAACAAUCUAGUCUUUUUUUGUAAAGGUAUCACAGUUAUAUUGUUUUAGCGCCAAGUGCAAUGGUGUUCUGUAGGGAGAUGGGGAAAUUACAUUUUAGCAGGACACUGCCAUUUUUACCUGUUUAAGGAAAAUUUUCUUACUUCAAGGAGGAACUCUUUGACAAUUUUGUGUCUGAGAUUUGAAUCUAAGUGUGUGAAAGGAAUGAAAGGGAGAAUCAGUGGAAGUUAACUAUGUUAACCACUUGAUUGCAGUGUGGUGGAGAGACUGUUGAAUCUCCAGCCAUACAAGAUAAACACAAAUUACAAAGUUGUUGUGCCAACAAGUCUGCCAUAAUGGCAUAAAUGACAUUUUACUUUUUUACAGGUACAGGGGCAUUGUUAUUAUAAUAUAUAAACUUGCUCUUUUCAUAUGAAAAAAAUGCAGGUUAUUUCUGACUUUUUGCUUGAUAAUUGUUGUGGAAUUUCAUUAUUGAAAGGACUCUUGUUUGGUUUUAGCAUUGAUUUACUAUGUGUCCAUAUCCAGUUACAGUUUUACACUUGAAAUGAGGGUAGCAAAGUGUUUGUGAAUAAUACUUUGUAAUUUCUGCAAUUUUGAAACUACAAAAAUAAAUAAAAACUAUUUUUAUGUAAAUUAACCUCUAAUUCAGUACCCUCUUUAAUGUUAAAAUUGGAGAUGACUUUAAUGAUGUUACAGCUUGCAUAAAAAAAAUAGCUUUGCCAAGAUUUUAUUUAUUGGAGAAAGGACACUUCAAAAUCUGCUCUCACAAUGGGAAGUUAAUAUCUUGUGUAGUCAGGGGUUGGUAGUGUGUCUUGUAGUAUCAUUAUUGGUGAUAUAAUUUCUAUAAGCAAGGAGUGUGAUAAUAAAGUAGUUUUUGUAUUUGUCUUGGGCAAAGAUAUGUAUUUGGGUAGGGAGGAGAGGCAGACCCUCAACCACAACUUGUUACAUAUGAAACCUGCUUAUUUUGGCCACCUUUCAUAACACAGUCAAGUGAAAUAUUUUUAAUCCUCAUGUAUGGGAAAUACUUGAGAUAUUUCUAGGAAAUUUAAUAUAAUUAGUGAAGUUUGUGGUACUUGAUUUGUUGAUUAAGAGAAGCAUCCAAUUGAAAGUUAAGAAAACAGAUAUUGGGGAGAAAACUUAAAAUGCCUUGGGGUGUGACCAAAGUUUAAUAGCCAAAUGUGCAUGAUUUGCAGAGAAGUGUGUUCCCUUCCCACACUUUUUUUUUUUUCCAUCAUUGCCAUAACAAUAUUCAUAAGUUAUGGUAUUAAUUUGCACCAAAGUUUCUUGCAUUAGUACAUAGCCAGUAAGUCACCAGCACCUGACAGUGGAGUAACCUCAAGUGAGGAUGAAGCAGCGGUGUGGGUCCACCACUUAUUGCGAGAGGGAGCAAGUGUUUGUCAGUCUCUUGUACCUCACUUUCACAUUGAGCUAUGAACUGUUUGUAUCCAACACCCUGUCUCAUCAGGGGAACUUCACCCAAGGGAAUGACCACUGUAGAAGAGGUUUAAAUUUUCCCUCUUCCAGCACUCCCUCAGCACAUUUUUUCCUUGCCAUCCAACUCCAUUAUUUGUCAUUCGUUGAUCCAUUUCCGUGAUGGUCCUCUUCGUAUACCGUUUCCCUUUCACAUCAAUGCAAGCUUUAGCAUGAAAUUGAUUGUGCACUACUCGCAUCCAAUCGGUCAUCUUGAGGUCAUCACACCUGAGCAAUUUAUUUUAGUUUGAACAGUGUUGUUGGAUGAAGAUGAUGUAGUUUUGCUUUGAUUCAUAAGCAGAGGAAAAAAGAGAUCAUGGGUUCAUCCAUAUCAAAAUUGCUCAACAAAAUAGUUUUGUUGCUGCUCAAAGCUGGAUGUGGACUUUGUGAAAUCCUGUAUCUUCUAUUUCAUUUGCCACUUGCUGCCACGUCUUUUCUAUAACAUCCUUAUUGAAGUAUUCAUUCUAAGUGUAGUUGUUGUCAUGGUUAUUUUUCUAUUUCUUGUACAAAUUUAAUAUUCCUGGCUAGCUUGUCACAUGCCCUUGCUGCAGCAGCCAUCCCCCUUUUGCCUGGAGGCACAGAACACUUCCCUCAGCAAGUCCACAAUGCAACUGAUCGCCACACAACCAUCAUAGCCAGUUGCACGCUGAUCAGUUGCACCCAACCACAGUUUCAGUUGCUUCAAUGUGAGAGGCUCAUAAGAAACCAAUGUCAGUCGCAGUGCAACUUGUUACAGCAUUGCAAGCAUCUGGUUUCAUACAAUUGGUUGUGUCAGUAUGUGAGCUACCUUACACUUGCUUUACAAAGUCAUCUUCAUAUACUGUAGUUGUGCUGAGCUAGUCUGUAACAGCCUAGGCCAAGCCGAUCAGCCCUAAGACUUCUUGAUGAGACCCACCGUUGACUUGCACUACACUACCAAGGUAUGUGAAAUUUUCUAAGAGACCAAUGUCCUUGCCACAUGCAUGAACAGACUACUGUUUCCAUGCACCUGCACCUUGGUCUUGCCCCAUGAGAUCUGGAGUACCAAAGAAUUUGUCUCUUCAUGCAGUGUCUUGAGAGCCAUCAUCAGAAUCUCCAAUGACUCCAUGAGGAUUACUGCAUCAUCGGCAAACACAAUAUCAGUGACCUUGAUAUUGCUAACAGAUGCUCCACAAUGACUUUGGUAGACAACUCUGUUUAUACCUAGUCCAUGGAACUGUUGAAAAGUGAUGGGUCUAGGACACAGCCCUGCUCCACUCCCGUGUUCACAGAGAGGAAGCUGGACACUUCUCUGCCACACUUUACAGCACUCUCAGUCGUUAAUUACAUAAAUUCAAUCACAUCCUCCAUCUUUUCUACAACCACUCUUAUGCUAUUGCGGGCCACAUAUCAAUUUGCAUUACAAGAUAUCAUGAUUGCAAAUGGAUCAAGGUCUGCAAAUGGUAAGGAGAGAAAAAGGUAAAACCAGAUGCAAUUCCACUAGUGAAAGCUGCACGCAUUCUCUUGAAGAAAUCAAAGUCUAAGGCACGAGAAUGCUGUACCCUCUUUUUCACAUGAGCAGCGCUUUGCUGGGCUGUUACUGUGCCCCAUUACAAAGGUAGAUGGGAACUAGGAGCUGUAGAAACCAUAAGAGUUUAAGAAAAAAAUGAGAUGGCUUAACAUUAUGUAUAUUUUUCAAUACAGUAAGUAGAUGAGGACGACAUCAUUGCAUUUUUUGCAUGAUUUAUAUUUUCCCCUUGAUGCCCUUCAAAUGGAGAAAUUAGUGAGUCAUUGGUCAUUUUGAUAACUCCGAAGUGAUCUCUCUUGCCACC